UUGAAGAUAAAGCUUCGGCAACUACUAAAAUUCUAAGAUUACAGUCGGCACUCUCUGUAUUUGACCACAUUCUUUCUCUAUAUUUGACGAUUUUACACAGCUCUUAUGGACAAGGACGAGUCAAGUACAUAGAAUGGUUUUGUUCGGGCGAGUCAAAUACAGAGAGCGUUGGCUGUACCUGGCGCCAACACUUAUUCUUCUAUCUCACACUUACUAUUGUAUACAUUUGUAAUUCUGUACUCUUGGAAUAAAGAUUUAUACUGUGACACGGGCCGAACGCGUGAUCAACGAAGUGGAAACUGCAUUGUUCUCAUUUGUUAUUUCGUUCGAAAAGACACAUUUGAGAAGCGUGUUACACCUGAUGGUUCACAGACGGGCAACAGACAGAUUCACGUGCUUACGUUUUUACCUUGUUAUACAGUGUGAAUCACGUGUUAGUAAUUUAUCGCUUGUCAGAGUGCCGCAUUAGUAGUUUUGUUAAUAAGUAUUUUAAACUAAUUUAAUCAAACAUAGUGAUUGUUUAAAAUGAAGUACGCAUUGGUUCAAAUACCUAAAGAAAAUAAUAAAACAGAGACAGUUGAAACUUGCCGCAUAACAAACUUUAGUGAAUACAGCGCUUAUACUAAAAACAAUGUUUAUCAUUACAAUGAUGGUAAAAAAAAAUUCAAGUGCAUUAUAUUACAUCUUACUGAUUCAGCAGAGCCGUUGUCUGAUCAAAAUAAGCGUUUCCGAAAGCCCCAUAUAACAAAUCCUUCAGAAUUGGAAUCAUUUACAGAUGAGGAAGAAGAACAAUCAAACAUCGCCAAGGCUAAAUCAUCUAGAAAAGAAAGUAAACAAAAUAAAACAUAAUCGAAAAAGUUAAAGGUGGACGAAUUAAUCCAAUUAUAUCAAGAGAAUAACGGAAUUCAUGAAGAUAAAGUUUCGAAUGAGGGCAAUAUGGUUAAAGACAUUCAAAAAAAUGAUGAAGUUGAAGAACCACCUAUCAAUAAUGAUCAAAUUGAGGAACGAAAAUUCUCGAAUGAUGACGAUAAUAGUACAAUUAUGUCUGAAAGUACUGCCAAUGCGCGAAGAAGACGAAUUUUACGUGAUGAUAAUAGUAGUGAUAAUUCUGAAUCCGAAAACAAACACGUUGAAGCAAAAGUUACAGUACUAAAUAAAUCUGAUGAAGAGGACGAUUCAGAUUCAGAACCCACUAGAAGUCAUGAAAAUAACAAGUUUCCACAAGGUUCAACAUCAACCGACAAUCAAAAAAAUCGGCCUGUUUUAAAAGAUGUAACGAAUUUAGGUCACAAUUUGUUAAUGGAGCGACUGAUGAAAGACAACCGACAAAAGGAUGAGGAAAUAUUGAAAUUAAAACGGCAGUAUCAAAAAGACAGAUUGAUGAUAGCUUCUCUUCAAAAGCAACAUCAACAACAACAGCAACAACAACAACAACUACAACUACAACAACAACAACAACAACAACAACAACAACAACAGCAGCAGCAACAACAACAGCAGCAGCAACAACAACAGCAACAACAACAACAGGAACGACGACCACGAUGACAACAGAAGCGUUAUAAUCCUUAUAAUUACAUUGAAAAUGAUACGUUUCAUGUUGGAGACAAUAUAUACAUUCCGAGUUUUGAAUCUUGUAAAGCAUUCGACGCUUUACAGCCGUCUAAAUUUAUUAAAAUAAUGUCUCACGCGAUUUGGGGGAUAAAACCAAUUUCAGAACGUGUAGUUCGCUCACAGAGCAACACUAGAGGUCGAUCUGAAUUAAGUCCACGAAAAGUAGAAUUAUUAAAAAUUCACUAUCAACAUUUUUUGGAAGAAAAAGAUUAUGAAAAGGGAGUUUUUAAGUUAGAAUUAGCUGCUUUCAACAAAUAUUUAGAUCGAGCUACUCAGAGCGCCAAAAAAACAGCUCGACAAUUGCAGUUAUGAGAAUUUGUUAUGAUUGCUAUUAUUUAUAUUUUUAUUAUUAUUAUCAUUAUUGUUAUUAUAACUAUUAGUUGUAGCAGUAAAUAUCGCGUUACAGAUGCCACUAGGGCGGAUAAAAAUUAUACGCCCUU